AUGUCUGCGUUUAAGAGAAAACGUGGAGGACAGGCUCCUCUGGAUAAAAAGGCGAAGAAAGCGAAAUUUGUCGCUGACGGAGGCGAGACGCCAGAUGAAAUCCAACAGGAGAAGGCGGAUGAAAUCACGGUCCCGGCACCGGUCUCCAUGGGCAAAUGGACGAACAAGGAAAGGGUUCUCAUUUUUUCCUCAAGAGGCAUCAACUUCAGGACAAGACAUCUGAUGCAGGACCUGAGAGCCAUCAUGCCUCAUGCAAAAGCAGACACAAAAAUGGACAGAAAGGACAAGUUGUUUGUUAUCAAUGAGGUUUGUGAAAUGAAAAACUGCAACAAGUGCUUGUUUUUUGAAGCCAAGAAAAAGCAGGACCUCUACAUGUGGAUCGCAAACAGCCCUCAUGGACCUUCUGCUAAGUUCCUGGUUCAGAACGUUCACACACUGGCUGAGCUCAAGAUGACAGGAAACUGCCUCAAAGGAUCCAGACCGCUGCUGUCGUUCGAUCCUAAAUUUGACAAGGAGCCGCACUACGCUUUACUGAAGGAGCUCUUCACUCAGACAUUUGCUACUCCACGCUACCACCCUAAGAGUCAGCCUUUUGUGGACCAUGUCUUCACAUUCACAAUUGCAGAAAACAGGAUAUGGUUUAGAAACUACCAGAUUAUCGAGGAGGAUGCCUCUCUAGUGGAGAUCGGUCCACGCUUCGUUCUCAACCUCAUCAAGAUCUUUCAGGGGAGCUUCGGAGGGCCCACGCUGUAUGAAAACCCAGGCUUCCAGUCCCCCAACAUGCACCGGAGAGGGCUCAGACUGGCAGCAGCAGCCAGAGUGCGCGAGAAGCAGAUGGUGAAGGAGCUGCAGAAAAUGAAGAGAGCUGACGCGAAGGAGGACGUGUCAGGAGAUAUCACAGCGGACGUCUUCCUGACGCCAGCUGAUGAGAAGCCAGUUCACAUCCAGACGGAGGCACCUGAGCCCAAAGUGGUGAAGAAGAACAAACACAAAGCUUUCAAAAGACAAAGACUGGCACGCAGGUAACCGGAUGGACUGGACGGCUUUUCAGUUUUGUCUCCAGAAGAUGUAGCACAACAGUGCAGAUGGGUCUUCAGUCCAAUAGUGAGCUUUUGUUGGGUUAAAGACUUCAUGUAUUAUCACAUAUUUGACAAUAAUAUGUCCAUGUUGUAUUCCAUGUCUACUGCCACUGUUUGUGGAUUCACACCAUAUAUAUAUUUUCCUCCUUCCUUCAGGAGGAUUGCAGGUUGACAUAAAGGUCUCAAUAUUAGCCCAUACUUUUGAUAAAAAAAAACAAAUAUUCCAUAAGUGUAAAAAAAAAAAAAAAAUCUUGUUUAUUGCUUUUGAGUGACUGCAGUCGUUUCUUAUUUCAUGGAAAUAAAACAAUUCUAACAUCC